AUGCCAGGUCUCGACGCCAGUCGCUCGGGAAACGCCUCGUUCCUUGAGUCGAGGACCAGCCUGCCUUAUCCUACGUUCUCUCAAGCGCACAGCAAGGAAGAUGUUCGCAAAGCCAAUAUCCCCACACCGGACCCGACCGACUUGACCGAGGACCAGGAAAACACCAAGACAAAUGGCAAUCACGCCCGCGAUAACCACCAAGCCCCGCCGAGUCCGCCACUGACGGGACUCGACCAGUCCUCCUCGCGCAAGGGCAGUGCGAUCGGCGAGCAAGAAGAAAAGGAAAAUAGUUCGAAUAAGGCCAAGGCAAAGAAAGCGAGCAUCAAGAUUAGGACCGAGGUCAAUAGGUCGUCCUCGAGUCUGCGAUCGAAGAGAGACGGAGAGACGAAAUCCAGCAAGAUAUCGCGGACUGAUACAUCCAAAUCGAAAUCAUCGAGAACGGACAAAUCGGAGAAGCAUGAGACGGAAGAGACAUCUCCUCGGACAAGCCACAGGUCUUCUAAGACCAAGUCUUCCGAAGAAAAGAAACUACCCAAGCGAUCCAGUUCGUCUAUUUUGUCGCAAUCAAAUGUCACAGUCCGCGAUGCCGGCGCUCAAUCACCCAAUGGAUCAGAUGCUACCUCCAUCGCCCCGAACCAGCAACACACGGCUCCUCGAAAGUCCGUGACCCCGCCUAUCAAGCCUCCCUCUCGGUCACAAAACCGGUCAUCAGCAUCCCAUCGUCAUACUCCUAGUGAUGAAUCGAUCGACUACGGAAGACACUUGCCGUCUGGCCCAUCAUAUGGCGCACCCCCACCCCCUCCACCACCGCCUCAGGUGCCCGUUUCCAUUCCCAGAGUCGACUAUCUGCUCCAGCAUGGAGGUCUCGAGAACAAGGUUCCUCGAACACUUUUGGUCGGGCCCAGCCCAUCUGAUCCCUUCGCCCAGUCUGCCACUCACCCUCAGCUUGCGGCUGCGAAAGUGUUCGAUCCGUUCAAUCGCCUUCUCGAUGACUACAAUAAGGUCAUGAGCAAGAAUGGGUCUCUUGCUGUCGCGACAGGCUACAGGUCGGUGGCACGGCGACUACUCGAUCGACUCGAGGCCGUUUUCGCGCGUGAUAUCUCCUCGGAGCCUUGCCACUGCCUGAUGUGCGACCGUGAGGAUUUAGAGGAGCGCCCUGAAGGAGUAAGCUGGGGAGAGGUGUUAGAGCUUGUUUCUGGACGCCGAGAGUUACCGAUGUGGCCGCCUUUCAUGAUGGCACAUUCAUCCAUGGAAUCAGAUUUGCCUGGAGAAGAACACAUUCCGAUGCAGAAGCUUGAUAUCGAUGUCCCUGAAGAAUAUCGCGACCAUUUCAUGCGACAGUCUCGGAAGACAAAGGUUGCCGUAGACAAAUGGCUCUCUGAGCAAAAUGAUUCCGUGACCAGUGCGCCGGAAGAAGUGGACGACGAGACUUUGACUUUUGCUAUGCUCACCCACCUUGAACAUCACCAACGUUCUCUGUUCUGCGCCCUACUUGGCAUCAACUCUUCAACUCCUGUUCCUCGGUCGGAUGAUGAGAAACCUCGACCAAAGCCAUCUGCCCUGGUGUCUUGCUCGCUGGCAAUCCAGCGACUGUAUAGGCUGCAAUCCCUUCCACGCGAUCCCGAAACCGCCAUGUUCAUGCUCAACAAUCCGGAGCUGCAUCAUGUUCUUGCCACUCUCGCCGCCAUCAGUGACGAUGAAUGGGAAAUUCUCAUCUCCGGCCGCUUUGACGGUUUCCUCCGUAGCGGUGCCGAAGAUGCUGUGCCUUCUUUCAAUCCUCGCUCGAGUGGCAGCCGCUCCAACACCCCCUUCAGUACAGGAGGCAUUUCCCGCGGGCCGACCCCCAAUUAUAUGGAUGGAAGCUUCCGUUCCGCAAGCCAACCGACCGGCAAUCCCACAUCCCCAGCUUCCUUCGGAGGCCCAAUCGCCUUGGACGAGGAGACGGAAAUUGCUGCACUCGCCGAGAUUGAACGAGAUAUCUUCCUGAGCAUGGAAGCCAUGGAGGACGCUUUUGAAGCCCUCCAUCUCAAGGCCGAAGUUGUCCGUCGCGCCCUUCGAGAGCGCGGCGCUGGGCUCUCGGUCGCAAAUCAAAGCAGACGCGGCUCUUACGUCGAAGCACGCCUGGGCACCCCGUUCAGUCAACAUGAAUGGGAAAGCGGAAUGGAAGACGACUUCCUCGAUGACGAUCGCUCUCUCGCCCCCGAUGACUCCGCUAGUAACAUUAGUUCCAACCGUCGGCGCCGGCCCAAAAGACGCACUGAGCGACGCACACCCGCGCCCGUUGAGGAGGAGGACGAAGAAGAAUCGUCCCCGGUCGGUCGGCGCGAUUCGCGGAAUUCCCGCCGAAGGUAA